AUAAUAGAUGCAGUGUGGGUGAAAAGAUAAGAUAAUCCGCAAGUUCCCCAGACAUACUUAUACUCUUUCUCAUAGACCAUACGUACGUGCUCACACAUAAUUUGGUUUGGAAUUUUAUCUCACGAGCGUGUUUCAUCUUACAGUGAUAUGUUUUUGUUUUUGUUUUUAUUAUUAUUAUUAGAUUGCAUUUUGCUUUCCCUCUCUCAUAGUUCAAAUUAUAUCAACCCUUUUCAUUCAGGGAUGAUCUAUUUCUUCCUGCAAAGAUUGCAGAGUUGGUGCUCUUCGUGCCAUUCAUCUCCUGAGGUGUAUUUCUUCAAAGCCGAUAAAAAGAUAACAUCACGCCCCAGGGUUAUCAAUACAGAGAUUCGCCCUCAGCAGUUGCCAGGUGACGGUCCUUGUAUCCAGACGCCCCACGUAGAAACGGACUUCUAUUUGUGACUCUUAAUGCUUUGCAGUGAUUCAAAGGCCUUUCGAGAAGCCUUCACGGGAGUAAUAUCGAAUUCGAAAAUAUAAUGCCGGAAUGAUUUACAAGAUGCGUUUCCUAAGUAAGCUGUACAUGUGGGUACUCAUUGUGAUCUGCGGUGAGAGAGCAUUGGGACUAAAGUUGUUAGAAGACAUUGUAAAUUGCACAAGAGAGACCGCCACGUCGCCUGCCGUUGUUAACAUAAAUGGAUUCUUUGACUAUGUUCUUUUCAACAUAACAAGCGAGUUUGAGUUCAUACAAGUGUCUAUGGAAAUCACCCCAUGUCCCCGAGAAAAGGAAAUUAUAGGGAUACAUAACUUUACUCGUGAGACGUUCGAUGGAUUGACUUCUCCUCGGUUGGUGCUAAUGGCAUUAGAAUACGCCGAGGAAGAAGGAAGACAUGGAUACAAACUCAAAGUGAAUAAGCUGAACUUUUCCGAAUACAUCGCCACAACCGUGACAUGCGGAGAAUUUUUGGGCUACCAGGUGAAGGCUGUGGGUGCUUCUGCUUGCGUCUUGUGGGAACUCGGAAAUCCUCCCACGAUGCACAGUUCCACGAAAAGAACAAACGCAAAAGGACAUACUACCAUGAGCCGAUUAGACGAACUCCAUCAUCGUGCGACAGCAGCUUACGUUGUGGUCCUCUGCUUCACCCUGACGACCUUCUUCGUCUUGCAGCUGGUGAAAAAGUGCGGCAGGAAGAGCGAGCAAGUAGCUGCCGAAAGAGUACCCACCGAAGAAGGACCAUGAACCGAUGCAACAGAAGAACAACAGGUUCUGAUUGAUACAAGGAGAGAUGUGCACCAGAGAUGAUGCUGUUUUCUAUAUAAAUGGAUCUGAAAAUUAUAAUAAAAUAUGAGUAAAGGAUAAA